GGCCGCGCCGGGUAGCGUUUCUUUCUAGUGCCCGAGGCAGCUCUGGCUUGGAGAGUGAUUCGUCAGCUCCACGGGGACCUCUGUGCACGGAUGGACCCGCCCGGACCCGGCGGGAAGCGGCCUGGCAGGCGGCGGCCCCGGCGGCGUCAGCAGAGGCAGGACAGGGCCGAGGUCGUGGGUCCCUGAGACGCGCGGGCUCACCGCGCCCGGCGGCGGCACCAUGAUGCCGGGCGAGACCCACUCGGCGGCGCCCGGGACGGCGGCGGACCUCUCGCGCUGUCAGGGCUGCGCUUCCCUGCAGCAGAAUUUAAAUGAAUAUGUUGAAGCAUUAAUUACCCUGAAGCAAAAAAUUAUCAAUACAGAUAAUUUGUUGACAGAAUAUCAGAAGAAAUGUGAUGAGCUGCAGUUUGCAAGAAGAGAGAAUAUUACUCUGCAUCACCAAGUGGAACAGAUGCUUCAAAAAAUUUCUCCUCUGCAGAAGUGUCAGGAAGAACUGGGAUCUUUAAAAGCAGAGUUAGAAGAGAAAAAGAGUUCUCUGAAGCUGUAUCAGGAUACUCAUCAGGAAUAUGCUCGUGUGAAAGAAGAAUGCUUGAAAACUGAUGCUCAGAAGAAGAAACUAGAAGCCAAGGUGAAGAAGCUGGAAGAGGCUGCUGUCAAGCAAACUCAGGACUUCAAGCAACUAAGGAAUGAAAAGAAAAUACUUGAAAAGGAAUUUAGGAAGACACAGGAAAAGCUUGAUGAAUUUUCUAAACAGAAACAUGAAAAGGAGUUGAGACAUAUUGGAACACAAAUUUCAAGUGAUUCUUACGGAAGCAUCGAUAAAAGAAAAGUAAAACUACUUCUGAAGGAACUCUGGCUCUGUAUAAACACAACACACAGACUACCUGGUGAAGGCAGCAGAUGUGUCCCAGAAAAACCUGCCGAAGAAAACCCCAGAUCCUUAGAGUCCAGGGAAGAUGGUGUGCCCCGUGCAGCAGGGGGCAGCCCUCUCAGGACCUCAGCCGUGCAGACGUGCCUGGCAGAGCUGUCCAUGGAGAUAGAGGGUGACUUCUCUGCGUGUGAGGACGCGGGGAGAGAGAGGCCGGGUGGCGCAGCUUGCCGUGACGAUGGUGUCUUUAAAGAAGACCGGGAUCCUGAGGCUGUAACGCAGAAGAAUGAGGAUGAGCGUGCGGACUUUUCUGCUCGUGAUCAUUCUUUUGACGAAGAUCUUCAGGCUGCCGUCGACUUCUUCAAGCUGCCCCCUCCUCUUCUGUCCCCGGUGCCCUCACCCCCUCUGCUGUCGUCCCCACACCUGGGUGCAUUUCCCUCCUCACUCUCACCUGAAAUCUACUUCGGAGAGUGUACAGAUUCCAGUGAUCAUGACUCGGCCCAACGUAGGGAUUCUGAGCCUGUUUCAGAAGGUGAUACACCUCAAUUGCUGGAUUGUUUUAGCUCACCUGGGAAAAGUAAAGGAACUGGGACAUGGGAGGAAAAGCUCCAGCCGCACGAAGCCACCCAAGCUCUAAAUACAUUGGAAGUCAGUGAGGUGACAGCGGUUGGGUUUGGGACAUUUACAGCAAACCUGAGAGAAGCUGCAGCAACGUUCCCCUCCGCGCACGAGAAACACUGGACGCCGUCGUCUGAGUUUGUGAGCCAGGGAGAAAAAGCUGCUUUGGAUGAGGCACGAAGACAAAGAGAGGUUCGGGAGAUGGAUGGGUCGGUGCAGACGGAGAAGACACGUCCUAAACCCACGGGCAGCGGGCGUGUUGAGAAGCUGCCGAGCAGCCUGGCUCUAGAGGAGGGCAUGGCCCUCGGGACGUCAGACUCGUGUCAUCCUCCCCUGGGCCCGUGGCCAUCGAAUGAGCCCAGCACACCUGAAGGAAAAACCCUAGUGUCCAGAAUGAUAGGAUCACCCAAAUUAGAGGCGACCAAGUGGACACUGACUGAUGGAGUCACUUCGGCGUCAGGUCGUCUGUCCACUUCCGGUCAUUUUCAGGCAACGUCUGGAGAAUUGGAGAAUGAAAGAGAAGCGGUGCGCGGCUUCCUUUCGGGAGACCCCUCUGCCCCAGGGGCACCAGGGGCCGCGCUGGUUGCUGCAGUGCUCGGUCUGCGAGAGGAGUUGUCUUCCCCCGUGGCCUCGGGAGCCUCAUCUCUCUGCGGUCACCCCCGGUCUCCCUCUGGGUUGGAGGAUGACGCUGAAAUAUCUGUUCCUACUGGAGUAGGCCCUCCCGAACUGCAUCGUUUGGAGCAGACAUCACAAGCUGCCACGCUCACCAUGGUAGAUGUGCUUUCUGAGCCCCCGGAGUGUUCCGUAGCCGUAGGAGAAGGCCAACUGGAGAACAGCUUACGUGCUCUGAGCCCAGUGUCGGGGGCUUCCGAUUCUGACGGUCAGAGGGGCAGCGAGGUGGGGUGUACGACCCUUGUGAAGGGCGUGAACGAUAUCUGCUCGCUCCUGCAGUCAGGAUUCUUGGGAGCCGCCAGAGGCGGGCUGGGUGAAAGGCCAGGUCUGGGGGUCGAGCUCACGCCGAGUCGGUCAGAUCUCACAUCGGCGGCAGGGCCUCAGUCUGGCUUGAUCGGGAGUGGCUUUGGCUUUGGUAAAAGCACUUCGUGGCACCACAGUGAUCUGUUACGGCGAAGGGGCGAAGAAAGGCUGGGACCUCAACCUGAACGUGAACAGGAGGCGGCAGCGUCCUCAGAAAGUAGAGGAUCAGCGUCCGAGCCCGAAGGUGCUGGAGAGGGUAACAGUCCUGCGGGGUUCAGGGCGCCUGCGUCCUUGUUGCCUAACCAGGUGUCUGUUAUCACCAAGCAGGCGCGGCCUGAAGCCGUGCAGGACGCACGAUGGCAACCCUCGAGACUGUCUAGCAGGGACCCCCGCUUAGUGACAGACGUUGAUAAUGGGGCUGGUCGGACACCAUCUGGAGCGAGAUGCGGGGAGAUAGCGCACACAGCACCGAGAAGCAGGGAGGCGGCUGCUACAGAGAGCGCUGCCCCGGGAGUUUCCUCCCCCUGGAGAAAAUCAGACUUUGAUUCUCCAGGGGGUUCUUUACCAGUAGAAAGUGCCCAUUAUCCCACAGGUAGUACCUUAUCUUUCUCUUCUGACAGCAUCCUGGUCGCAAGCCAGGACGCUGUGACGGAAGCCGCAGCGCAGGAAGAAGUGCAGAAGCAGAGCCUGUGUCUUCCUGCCACAAAUGUGGACACGUCCAGGCUGGAUGUGGAAGAACUUCCAGGCACGGAGGUGACGCUGUCAAGAGGUUUUCCUGUUGGAGACACAGUCGGAGCCUCUGGGGAGGCCCUGGCCGUUACAAAGGACCCGUCUGUUGUACAGCACGGCCCGAAGGAGCAUCCGCAGCUGCCGUCUCACACUCCUGGGGGUGCUUCUCCUGAAGCUCCAGACACCACGGAGACUGCUUCUUCACCAGUGCCUGGCAGCAGAGAUGAGGAGCAACGUGCUGUCCCGCAAAGCAGCCUCCCUGGUGCCCUGUGCUGCUACACGGGCAUCCGCGAGGCAGGUGGAGGUGACACUGAGGUAGAAGAGGGUGACGCCCCGAGCUGCAGCGAGGGAGAGAACGAUCCCGAAGCCGGGCUGGAGGACGGCCUGCAGAGUGCCGGCGGGGCCUCCGCAAGAGGCGUGGGGGCUGCCAGCGCCGCUGCGGCCGAGACCAGACCUUCUGUCGAGGUGGGGCGCCUGACCUCGGCUCUGCGGGACUGUAGCCUCAGUGCGCUCUCCGAGACAGAUGGGCUUUCCACGUCCGAGGUCGUGACGUUUCUUGAAAGUUGUCAGUUAAGAGAUUAUAGUUCAGGGGACUCUGUUUCAGACUGUUCUAGCAAAGGAACCCUAAAUAAAGGGAUGAACAAGGAAUUCAAGCAAAGUGAACCCUCAGGAGAAAAGUGCAGAAAGCAAGUGUGCGAAGAGGAAACACUAGAAGCCUCCGAGGAGUGCCUCGGCUCCUCGGAGGAAGAGGGCUGCCCGUUAAGGAGCGUGAGGCAGCUUGCACGGUGCUCCUUGGAGACGCCGCCCGGGGCGCUCACCAGGGUCCGCCAGGAGCUGCAGGCCGGCCGGGAAGACGCCGGCGGGAAGGAUGCUGGAGAGUCACAGCUCCUAAGCGCACCUGACAGCGCGACGGCGGAGCGUGAGAAAGAGCACGUUCUGCCUCUGGAAGCGGCCGGCUCCUCUUCACCCACGCCGACGGCCGCGGUGGGUGCUAAGGAAGAGGUCUCGUCCGAGCCCCCGGAACCCUCGCCCCUGGGCGCUGCCCCGGGAGUGGGGCCGGGGGAAGUGGCGUUUCAGUGUCAGAUCUCUACAGUGACCUCCGAGGUUAUAAAUGUGCUGGUAAAUAAGGAUCAGAAUCUAGUCAUUGAGAAAGGGGACAACUGGACCAUCAUCAACGGGGUGGCUCUCAUGCCAGACGUGGACCAGCUUAUCCUGUGUGACGCCCCCGAAGACGCCCCCGUUUCCCCGGAUCCAGAAGGGCUGGCAGCUGGUUUCAUGCCAGUUCCUUCCGUGGAGAAGUCCCCGGAGACCGGUCACCCUGGCCCUCCUUCUCAGGAGCCCCAGGGUGGCAGUGGUGUGGCCGGAACCCAGAGCGAUAUUGCAGGCAGCGAUCAGAGUACUAACUUUGAUAAAAGUCGUCUGCGGAACAGACCCGUUAAACCCAGCGUGAGGAUUAGCUCUGAGAUUUACGAUCAGAAGUUUGAGACUCAGACUGUUCCUUCUGAUCACACUUACUGUAAUUCGAAACUCGAGCCACUGAGCAAGAAUAAGAAUCGAUCAAAGGUUUCAAACAGAGAUCAAACAAACAAACCCGUAAAGAUGUCGGCGUCGAGCGGAGUGGAGACUCCUCAGGGUGAAGUCGCUCCGUCAUUUUCCGGGGACAGAGGGAACGGAUCAACUCAGAGAAGCCAAACGCAGACCGUCCUAGCCAGCGCCGACACGUCCACUCCUGCAGACGGCUGCGCCGACACGCUGAGUAAGAUCCGGCAGGAGGUGGGGCCCCCCCUGCCCCCGCUGCUGGCUCCUCUGAUAGCCACGCCUCCGAGGACUUCGCAGCCAGCCUCUCCGCUGACGUCAAGUUCCAGCCCCUCCUCGCCCGCCUCUCCCGGCGGCCCGAUCUCGCCACCGUGUGAGAUCCCGGUGUCGCCUGUGCUGUCGCCUGUGCUGUCGCCUAUGGUGUCCCCCUUGCUGGAGGAGCCGGGGCACUCGUCGCCUCCACACGCGUCCCCGUCCCCGUCCACCGCCCCGGCCAGUGACAGGGUCUUGUCAUCUCCUUUGCAGUUUUGUGCUGCGACCCCAAAGCACGCCGUCCCCGUGCCCGGCCGCCUGCCCCCGUUCGCCUCUGCCCAUGCGGCGGUGGCAGCGCCCCAGGAGAAUUCCGUGAAGAUCCUGGACACCAUGUACCCAGAGCUGUCCGCCAGGGCCCGCACCCUCAGCAUCCUCAAGGGGAACAUCCAGCUCGCGCGAGGCCCGCCGGCCGACUCCAAGAACCUACCGGGGCCCGCCAGCGCCAUCAGGGGCUUCAAAGCCAUCACUUCAAGCUCCACCGCCUUUGUGAAAGCAGGGGCCAGCUCCGGUGGUGACUGCAAGCAGGAUAAGCCGAGAGACCUGGGGCCUCCGCAGGAUUCAGGUGGGAAGAGGGCACUGUCAGCGGCUACACCGAGGAGCGCCAAGAGGUUGCGCCUGGACAGCGGGUCCCCGGAGCCAGAGCCCCCGUCAGAGGGCGUCAGCCGGAGCCCCCAAAGGAACCCCUCCCCGGCUGCAGCCGUGAGGACAGAGGAGGAGGGGCGUCGUCUUCUGGCCGUCGGUACGGUCUCACAGUCACCCCUGAGCCCCAGGGAAACCGUGGAGUCCUACGACAGAGCCGUGGCGGAGGCCCUGAAGAAGAUCGCAGAGUCGUCCUUUGACCUGUUACCCGUCAUCCGCAGUCACGUGUACGUGGGAAACAUCUCCAAAAAGCCUGUGAUGCGAGAUCAAGAGAAAGAAGUCGUUCGUGAAUUUAGCACAACAAAAAAGCCUUUAGCAGAGUGCUUGCUUCACUCUAUUCUCUCGGAACUGAAAAUUCAGAAGAUGUCUGUGGAGCACAAUUACAUCCACGCCCUCUGCAGAGUGUAUGUGGGUAUUUGUCGGCAGCUGGGAGACUUGGAAAGAGCUCGCUUGUUUUGCUACAGCCUACUUAAGGAAGAUUUUCCAGAGUCUGAAAAAUUGACUUUGUUCAUUGCAAACAUGUGGCAUGAUAUAUUUAUCUCUCAAUCGGUGAUUAAUAAGGCAAUGCAGUUAGUAGCCAGGCAACGCGCUAAAGGAGAAGUUUUGAACUGUUUGCGAGCUUUCCUCAAUUGGGAGAAGAAUGCUCCUGCAGAUGUUGGCUUCAUGGUUUCUAAGCUGCUUUUGACCAUACAGUUAUGUCCAAAAACAGAAUUUCAGUCCAGUGAAAGAUUUGGUGAAGACCUAAGUGAUAACACUUGGGAGUACAUAUGUGCCAUCGAUCUGCUCUGCUGCCAUCAGAAGUGGAUUUGGACACAUGACAACAUUAUAAGUAAGGAGCUGUGGCCUGUAAUGGAUAAGUGGAUAAAAUACAGAAAAGGACAUGCAAACAUUGCAUACACUCCUGAUAUUAUCAUAGCGUCAAUACUGAGGCUCAUUGAGAUGAGGCUGAUGGGACUGGGUCACAACUAAGCCUGUGGGCUGUUUGUACUAUUGAGAGAGAAGAUGGACACAGAACAGUGAGCAUGCAGGAUAGUGCUGUCAUAAGAGCACAGGAAGAGGACUUGGGUACGACGGCAUCCAAGGUAUGUCCCAGAAUCCUCCUCCUGUGUAACAGCAGGGGCAAAAGGACAUGAGGCCUGGCCGUGAGGGAGGCGCAGAGGCUUCCGCUUGGAAGCCAGCUGGUUUCCACAGGACCGUUGGAAUCAAGGAGGGUCCGGAUGGGUGGGGACUAGGUGAGGAGUCUUGUCCUGUUUAGUCCCCUAGUGAGAACCCCAAAGAGGUUUUGUCACUCCAGGUUUUCUGUGUCAAUUAUUGUACUAGAAAUUAAAACUAGGAGUUUUAAAAAAUGUUUACUAUUCACUUAAAAUUAAUAGUAAUAAACUAAUGUUAAUAUAAAUGAUAUUUUAAAUGAAAAAUAACUAUUUCCCAAACAAACAAAAAUAAGAGUGAGCAGAAUGGAACAUUAUCUUGCUGCAAACCUCUUCACUGUCUAGAUUCAUAGAAGAGCUGGUUUCUCGUAGCUGCUCUGCAUUCAGUCUCUGGCUGUAUGUUGUUUUGGUUGAAGUAUUUGGAGAAAGUCCAGUCUCAUACAGAUGUGUAGUUGAUUAAAGGAGUCUUUUAAUAGCCCGUUCAAGUAAUUGUGGAUAUUCUUCUUUGACACUGCAGUGGAACUCAACAGGUGAUGAUUUCUUAAAGGCUAGUUGCAGUGUGAAAUCUGAAACCUCAUCAGUGAACUUUGCUUCUCUGUUGCACCAGAGUCCCUUGGUCCACCUGACUUGUUGAAGGGAUCUUUUGCCCAUUCAUGAUUUUGUAACAUGUACUGCUCACUUUGAAAAUACUGAUUUGUACAGAUCUUCCAAAUGUCAACAAUAUCAAGAAAACAGACAUUAAUAUUGUCACUGAUCUCAUCAGAGAAAUCUGAAGUAUUUGAAGCUGUCAAACUUAGGGUAGGUGAUGGAAGUUUUUCCAAAAUUCUGAUUUGCUUAAGAGCUCAAAUUUUAGCAUUGGCAACAAUGAUAAAUUUCCUUGCAGUGACAGGUUCACUUUACUCAUCUUUGAGAAAAUGUCUGUCUCGGUCUAAGUAGCCAUAGUUUGUCAGUGGUUCUUUCAGUGAAAAGUGGGUGGGUGGAGAAAGCACCCAGUUCCCCUCCCAUCUGAAGCAUCUGCACAGGUGCUUUUCCUGGAGAGAGUCGGGGUGCCGAGAUGCCAGGAGUGUGCUUCACAUGCCCUUCCUGUCCCAUCCGCGGAAGCUCGCAGAGCCAUGUGCUCAGGGGUCUAGAUUUCAUAAGAAUCAUUGUUACCGUUUCAUGAAGGACACUCUGAGUGAGUUAGCUUUUCCACCUGUGAGCUCCUGGCCAUGGAGAGUGACCCCCAUAUCACUGCCCUGACUGGUGCUGAGGGUCCACUAGUGUGAUCGCCACUGCCUUUGCACUGUCAGGCCACAUCUCAGCGCUGGAAGGAAAGCACAUCACUUCUUAGUGUCUUUGGGAAAGCAAAGUUUUGACCUUGAGGGCCCCGGGGGUUUAGUAGAGCACACUUGGGAGCUGCUGAUCUACGUGAGAACGGAGGUUGUGUUAGACAACUACAUUGUAACAGCAAACCAUGUCUUAUGUUUGGUUCGUUAACCCAUAGAAGUUAGUCAUCUCACACGGAGCCUGCUAAAACCAUUCGUUCUGCUGAACUCCACUUAUUAUGUGAUAACUGGGAAAGCAACACAUUGUGUAUCUGUGUAUCAUCUGUACGUGUGAGUAACAGAAGAGAUGAUGAAUCAUUCAGUAAAACAGCCCCCCACCCCGGGACCAAUGGUGCUGUAUUGAGUCCUGAUGCUUUACUGUUUAAUUUGUUUUCAUUUACGAAUAGGUACCCAUCUAACUUCAGUUCAGGAUCCUGAAGCUUAAUGUACAUGUUAAACGAAAGAAAACGUAAGUUUUAAAUUCUUAUGAAAAGUUAACA